GGAGACUUCUAUAUAGCUGGAGAGGAUGGGGAGGUCCAAUCCCUAUGACCACUUCCUGAUUCUGCUAUACAGAGAACCACACCUCAAACACAGGGAAAGGAGAGAAGGUUGUAGUGCAGUGUAACUGAUACCACAACUGCAAUUACAGGUGAAGUAAGUGUUGGAUCAUCCACUAUGUAAUGCCUGCUGGCCUGUCUAAUUAACUGUGUGCAUAGUGGGGCACUCAGACUCCUAGUACUGUAUGAUCUGGAGCGCUAGGAUUUAGAAGCACCAAGUCAUAUUGUACACAGGCUUCAAAUGUGAUGUGGGAAACAGGCCCUUAAGUCCUUCAUUAAGAGCUCAAGAAAGGUGGAGAAUCAACAACCUUGGAGAAUCUAGUGCUCCAGAGACAUGCCCAUGUGACAGCCCAUCAUCUAGUGUUUGUGAGAGGUGCUGGAAACGAAGAAAGCCUUUAUCCGUAGAACAGCACCUUUCAUCAAGGGAUCUCUGUGCUUUACAACCAAUAAUGAAUUAAGCCUCACUACGUCCUUACGAGUGAGGUAUAUCUCUUAGAAUUGCGUGAUGUGUGAUGAAUUGGAAAUUCUGAACAGGGAGAUUGAGCGGUUAUUACGGAGCAACAUCGUGGAAGAAGGCACUUUAAAUUCAGACCCUCUUCAGCCAUCUACCACUGACUCCUUGGAUAGAGCCACUGAUUCAGAGAAUGAAGCAAAGUACAAAUUAGUGCAGGAGCCUACAAGUGGAGGAUUGAUAUCUGAGUCUUUGGAUUGUCAUCAAGAUGAACCAUGCACUUCUGAAUUAUCAAAUUCAGCAUGUGCUUUAGGGAUUAUGCUGAAUGACUCUGAUCGAGGACUGCUGCCCUCUUCUCGCUCUCCCUUUCAUUUAGAUCUGCAGGGAGAAACCAUCCCAACCUCUAAUGCUGUGUCAGAGUUGCGCUUUGGGAAUGGUGGUGUCCCUAUUAUGGAACAAGUUGUAAGUUCGCGGUCUGUGGCAUUUGAAUCUGAAUCCAGUCUUGGCAACAUGGAAAACCGUUCCCCUGCAUCAGUUUUGGAUGAUAAAGGUGAGCAAAGCAAUGAGGAGGAACAAAAAGCUAUCAAGCCCACAAGUAAGGAGUUCAAGAAAACAUGGGGAUUUCGAAGGACUACAAUUGCCAAACGAGAAGGGGCAGGAGAUGUUGAUGUGGACGCUAGUGAACAACAACCACAGCAGCAACAAAGCCUGUCCCUCCGGCGUAGCGGACGGCAACCCAAGCGUACUGAAAGAGUGGAAGAAUUUCUUACAACAGUAAGACGUAGAGGUAGAAAGAAUGUUCCUACUGCUCUUGAAGAUUCAAGUGAACCAGCAUCCUGUCCGGUUACAGAUGUGGAAACUGCCUCUGAAGGCAGUGUGGAGAGUACUCCAGAUAUAAAACCUGGCACUCGGAAGAGUGAAUCUAAAGACAGUAAGGAUCAGCCAGUCUUGGAAAGCAGAGGUGCAAAAGAUGAUGAUGAUGAUACCUCUGAUAGUGAUAGUGAUGGAUUGACGCUGAAAGAACUACAAAAUCGUCUAAGAAACAAACGCAUUGAACAAAAACCUGCAGAAUUGACAUUGAAAGAGAUACAGAACCGCCUCAGGAAAAAACACCUAGAACAAAAUCCUACAGAAACAGUUGAUGUCCAGGCAGGAAAUCAAGUUAAGACUGAGCUGCCUGUCAAACAAGAACCUGAGUCUACUGAUAGCACUGAGACUGGAAAUCAAGUAGUUGUGUCUGAGGAACAUACUGAAGAUCUUCAGGUUAAGAAGGAAAUAAAACCUGACCUGGCAACAAAAGAGAUCAAAGACGAAGAAUCUGAAGAGUUCACAAAAAGCAAAUCUGAGUCUGAGAUUUAUGACCCAAAUACACUGUACUGUAUCUGUCACCAGCCUCAUAACAACAGGUUUAUGAUUUGUUGUGAUAGGUGUGAGGAAUGGUUUCAUGGUGACUGUGUGGGGAUUUCUGAGGCUCGUGGGCGACUGUUGGAAAGGAAUGGGGAGGACUAUAUCUGCCCAAAUUGCACCAUUCUGCAGGGGCAGGAUGAGACAGUUUCAGAAACAGAUCAGCAAGAAACUAAAUCAAGGCAAGUAAACGUGGAUGGCACAGAGCUCACAAGUGUAGGAACAGUUGAACAAAAGUCCAGUGAGGAUCAAGGAAUCAAGGGUAGGAUUGAAAAAGCUGCAAAUCCAAGUGGGAAGAAAAAGCUGAAGAUAUUUCAACCUGUAAUGGAAGCUCCUGGUGCAUCAAAAUGCAUUGGUCCUGGCUGUUCUAAUGUGGCUCAGCCGGAUUCUGUGUACUGCAGUAACGACUGCAUUCUCAAACAUGCUGCAGCCACCAUGAAAUUUCUCAGUGCAGGAAAAGAACCAAAGCCAAAAGAGAAGAUCAAAUCAAAAUCUGAGAGAUCCACAAUUCUAAAAUCUCAACUGCAGGCAGGUACUAAGCCUUUGUCCACCCAGAAGAAACCAACUCCUGAGAAAAAAGAGAUUAACAUGAAGAAAAGUAUGGUGACAGCACCUAAAACUGAAGCAAACACCCAACCAGUUGCUAAAGAGCCAGCAUCAGAAAACAGCACACCAUCCUGGGCAAGCGAUCAUAAUUACAAUGCAGUAAAGCCAGAAAAGACUGCUGCCAUUUCAUCUUCACUGUUAUUCAAAUCCCAGAAGGAAGAGAAGAAGAAUGAGGAUAAACCCAUAGAACCUACUACAGCAUCAAAGAAAGGGGUUGCUUCACCUUCUACAGUCGAGAAACAGACGUCUUCCCUGUCCAAAAACCUUGGUCCAAAGAAGUCCCCAUCAUUUACUAGCACUUCACUAACUAAACACCCAACUAAAUAUUCUGCUGCGAGCUUCAAAGGUGUAAUUCCUAAGAAAUCUUGGCUUUCAUCAGGCAAUGUUUCCUCUUCAAAACAGUCACCUCUUUCCCAUGGUUCACCAUCAGUUUCCAAAAAAUCAGUUGUGUCUUCCAAUUUACCUGGAGGGUUUAGAAAAACAGCAAUGUCUUCCACUUCAGCUACGUCUGCCAUUGCACAAGCAAAAGGAGCAGCUAACCCCACUCAAUCACAACCCAACUCUCAAAUUCGACAAAAUAUACGACGAUCCCUCAAAGAAAUUUUAUGGAAAAGAGUCAAUGAUAGUGACGAUCUUGUCAUGACAGAGAGUGAAGUGGGCAAGAUAGCACUGAAUAUUGAAAAGGAAAUGUUUAAUUUGUUUCAAGUUACAGACAACCGAUAUAAAAGUAAAUAUCGCAGUAUCAUGUUCAAUCUUAAGGACCCAAAAAAUCAGGGACUUUUCCAUCGUGUUCUUCGUGAAGAGAUUUCUUUGUCAAAGCUAGUGAGAAUGAAGCCAGAAGAACUUCUCUCCAAAGAGCUGUCUGUGUGGAAAGAGAAACCAAUCAAAUCAAUAACAGAGUCAAGAAGUAAAUCUCAUGAAAGCAAGAAGUCAGUCAUAAAACAGGAAAACAUACCAGAUGUAAAUAUGGAAGAUUCUCCACCAGUGUCUGACUCAGAUGAGCAGCAAGAAUCAACCCGAGAUGCACCAGAGAAAAGUAGUGCUCCCCUUCUGGAUAUUUUUAGCAGUAUGUUAAAGGACACAACAAGUCAGCAUCGAGCCCAUCUUUUUGACCUGAACUGCAAAAUCUGUACAGGUCAGAUUUCAGCAUCUGAUGAUGAACCAGCACCAAAGAAAUCAAAAUUGUCAAUGACUUCUGCUAAAAAGAUGGAGACACAAUCAAAGCCAGAAAUAAAGCCAAAGUAUGAAAGUUCUACAUCAACUUUAGCUCCUGAAACAGAGGCAGUAUCUGAAAACACAACAGAAACUCUUGGAUCUGUAACAGAAACAGUCUCUCAGUCAGUCUUGGAAACAACGUACUUUCCUACAACACAGGGGCAUAAUAAUGCAGAAUCUACUUUGCCUGAAGAGGUCUCCAUUUAUCCUACUUCUUGCAUUGCAGGAGUUGUCACUACAGUAACUGUAUCUGGCAGGGACCCCAGAACGGCAAUGAGCAGUUCAUCUGGUACUGUGACCUCAGCAUCGCAUUCCAGCCCUGUGCCUGACAAAGUUUCCAUGGUGGAAUCCAGACAGGAAAUAUCAAAAUCUGUUUUAACAGCUCCUAAAUCAAUAUUAACAAAACCAUCAUCCUCACCAGAUCCAAGAUAUUUGACAGUUCCACCAUCACCAAAUAUCAACACCACAGAGUCACGGUCCCCUCAGGAUGGAGAUACUGCCCUCUUUCUUUCUCGUCUCAGUACCAUUUGGAAAGGAUUUAUUAAUAUGCAAAGUGUGGCCAAGUUUGUCACUAAAGCAUAUCCUGUCUCUGGGUGUUUUGAAUAUCUUAGUGAGGAUUUACCAGAUACAAUUCAUAUUGGUGGGAGGAUCUCACCGAAGACAGUCUGGGAUUAUGUUGGCAAACUCAAAUCUUCCCUUUCUAAGGAACUGUGCUUGAUUCGUUUCCACCCUGCAACAGAAGAAGAGGAAGUUGCCUAUAUUUCUCUCUACUCCUAUUUUAGCAGUCGUGGUCGCUUUGGUGUUGUAGCUAAUAACAACAGACACGUGAAGGACCUCUACUUGAUCCCGCUGAGUGCUAAGGACCCAAUUCCAUCCAAACUCUUGCCCUUUGAGGGACCAGGUCUUGAAUCAUCACGUCCAAAUUUAAUUCUUGGAUUAGUGAUUUGUCAAAAAGGUAAACGUCCUGCAACUGUUCUGGAGUCAGACAAGAUGGAAGAAAAGCGCAGCAGAAUUCAAAUACAGGAAGAAACUGAAGUAUCAGUGUACCCUAAAGGCCCUAUUGCUUCUCAGCAAGAAAAGAAACCUUCAAAAUACACACUUUAUUCUGGAGAAACAGCUGUAAGUACAACGCCACCUGUAUCUCCCCCACCACCACCACCGCUUCCCAUUCAAGAACCAUCUACAAUAACACCAUCGGUGUUAAAAAUACUGUCAUCGAUUAAAACAGGAACCACAACAACUAUGAUACUGCCAGUUCCAACUUCAGCAACAGCAACAGUCACUGGCACAACUUCAUCUUCUACAACUUCGUGUUCUUCAAAAACAGCCACACCCCUUGAGCACAUCUUGCAGACUCUUUUUGGAAAAAAGAAAGCUUUUGAGUCUGUUACUAAGGACUCUGAAACUGUUCAGUCUUCAAACCAGGAAGCUCAAGUUACAACAGAUGGAGUGUCAGCUGCUCCUUUAUUAGAUCCAAUUGUACAGCAGUUUGGGCAGAUGUCUAAAGAUAAAAUUAUAGAAGAGGAAGAAGAUGACAGACCAUAUGACCCUGAAGAAGAGUAUGAGCCAGACAGAGCUUUUGAAAUACAGACUGGUGAAAGUGAAAAACUCUAUGAUCUUGAAAAGCCUUGUGAAACAUCUGAACAAGAGGAUGAGGCCUAUGAUCCAGAAGAUGAAACGAUCUUAGAAGAAGCAAAAGUUACUGUUGAUGAUUUACCUAAUAAAAUGUAUGCAGAUGUGAAAAGCAAUGCUGUGGAAACAUCCGCCCCAUAUGUGCCUGAUGUGUCUGCUCCCUCAUCCUUGGUAGAACAGCAAAAAAUGUUGGAUGAAUUAAACAAACAAAUAGAAGAACAGAAAAGACAACUGGAAGAACAAGAAGAAGCCCUCAGACAACAAAGAGCAGCUGUUGGUGUUUCAAUGGCUCACUUUUCAGUGUCUGAUGCUUUAAUGUCACCUCCACCAAAAUCAUCCAUAACAAAGUCUGACUUAUUCCAGCAGGAACAACAAAUUACAGAAAAAUCAGAUUUACCUUCAUCAUCAAAUCAGCAAGCACAAGCACUAAACCAGGGCUCUGAUCUGAGACAGAGUAGAGAUCCUCGACAGGCUAGAAGGAUGGCAACAGAGAAUAAUGACAGUGCUGAUUCUCGGAUAAAGCCACAAAUAGUACACAAUGAGACACCUACAAAAGAAGUUAUUCCAGCCAAUUAUCCAGGUUCAUUACAGACUUCACUUGACAAGGAAGAUAAAACAUUAAUUUCUGCUACCCAGGCUGGGUAUAGUGAGGAUAAGUGGGUACCAGGUGAAAAAGUGGCUACACUCUCUGAACAAGAUGCACCUAAUGUCAAGUUUGAAAACACUGCUAAAGUUCAUCUGGAAAGUGUGAAUCAAACAGCUUCUGGAGAAACUUCCACAUCCAAGCCUUUACGUAAAGUACUGCUUCCAACACCUCCCAGUACAUCUUUUCAGCCCAAUUUCCCUACACCAAAUGAUGGUCAGUCUUUGCAAGAUUUGCAUAAAGUACCUUGGUCAAAUGAGUCACAAGACGCUAAUUCUCCAUCAGUAGGAAGAGAUUCUUUUUCAAAUCCAAUCUUUACACCUCAGGAAAAGAUAGCUGGUCACUUUGAACCCGAAAGAAGUCUCUCUUCAGUACAGUACGAAGAUCAAAGAAAUUCUCAGUCCCGUCAGUUUGCAGAACAAACUGAAUCUCCAGCUGUUCAAAGUGAGGGAGAAAAAGGACCUCUCCCUCAACACUUUGAAGAAAACCGAGGAGGGCCUCCAUUUCCUUUGUCUGGGCAAAAAGGAGGGCUUCCACCACUGAUGUUUGGUGCAUCUGUGGGACCUCAUGGACCCAAUUUUAUUGGGCAGAGAGGACCAGCACCACAGUUUUCAGAAGAGCAUGGUUCUUCUCCAAAUAAUGAUGGAGAAAGAGGACCUCCACCUGGUAGAUUUGGAGGACAAAAAGGACCUAUUCCUUCAUUAUUUUCUACACAACAUGGACCACCUCCUCUUUUUGGUGACAAUAGGGGCCCUUCACCUUCCUAUCUUGGUGUUCCAAGAGGAAUGUCGCCAUCUCAGUUUGAAGAUCGUAGGGAACCUCACAUGGAACAAAGAGACUUCCCAGAUUCCCAAUAUAAUGAAAUGAUUAGGCCUCCUGGACAAUUUGAAGGACCAGAACCACCCCAAUUUAUGGGAAAUAGGGGGCCUUCACCUUUUCAUUUUGGAGGUCAAAGAAGACCACCACCAUCUCAAUUUAAAGGACAGAGAGGAGGCCCUCCACCACCUCAGUUUGGAGGGCCAAGAUGUCCACCACCUUGUCAUUUUGGAGGAUCGAGAGGCCCUCAUCCAAAUCAAUUUGAAGGACAAAGAGGUCCAGCUCCAAGUCACAUACCAGGGCCCAGGGGACUUUUGCCACCGCCUUUUGAAGAACGGAGAGGGAGUCCACCACCCAGAUUUCCAAACCAGAGAGGGCCAGCCCCACCUCAUUUUGGUGGACCAAGAGGAACUACACCUGCAUUAUUUCCAGAACAAAAUGAACCUCCCCCUUCUAGAUUUCAUUUUCAAGGGCAACCUCCACAAGGUAUGAAACCAACUCCUAGACCACUCCUGGAACUUCCAAGUCAUCCACCGCAACACAGGAAGGAGAUGUGGGAUGAAGCAGGACCAUCUGCCUCUCUUCCUAAUCUUUCAGGGCAAGGACCUGAGUCAGAAGCACAAUGGCCGGUGUCCGACUUCCGAGAGGGCAAAAAUACUGAAUUUAGAGGUCAGACUUUUGAAGGGAGGCAGAGGGAGAGGUAUGAAGGAGGAAAUAAAGAAAAGGUAUUAGAUCAGCCAGAAAGUCAGCAGUCAGAGAAUCGACAAAGCAGAGGGUUUGAAGAAAGACGACGAGAUCGGGAACAUGGCAGACCUUGGGAAAGAGAUCAUGGCAGAAACUGGAAUAGAGACAGGGAAAGGGACUGGGAGAGACACAGAGACAAAGACUGGGAUAAAAACAGAGAGAGAAACCAAAACAAAGAUAGGGAGAAAGAUUUGGAGCGGGCAAAAGAAUGGGAAAGAAACAGAGACCGAGAGAGAGCAAGAACCAGAGAGAGAGAUUCUCACAGAAGACGUGAUAGGGACAGAUCAAGAAGCAGGGACAGGGAUCGUGACAGAGAUAAAGUCCGAGAUCAAAGCAGGGAGAAAGAAAGAGAUCGAGAAAGGGAUAGAGACCGGGACAGAGACAGAGGAAAAGAUCGUAAAGACCGAAGUAAAAGUAGGGAAAGUGGUAAAGAUUUGAAGCCCGAACCACAGCAGGAAACUCAAAAGCCAGCAGAAACAGAAGUUGCUUCAUCUUCCACUAAUCAGACAUAGAAACAAUUCAUAAUUAAUUGUACCCGAUAAAUAACUAUUAAUUUUUCACACAAAAAAAGAAGCAAGAACUCGGUCUCCUGUAUAUACUGUAUAUUCUCAUCUUUACAAGAAUGCCCUUGUAAAGCCAGCCUUAUAAAAUGUGUUGUCAAAUUAAAACAGUUUUUUAACAACUGUGAAUGAGAGAAUAUUCAAACAGAUAAGAAGCAAGAACAUACUGGACUUUAACUUGCAGCAUUUUGUGCAUAAUGUUUUUCUUACAAAAAUUCACAGCGUUAAGAGUUAUAAGAUUUUCUUUUUUUCUACUUACACCUUUAUCUUAAAAUUUCCAUUUACAAUUAAUACAGAAAUGGAAAAAGUCUACAAAGAGCAUAUUGCUUUUUAAGAUUACAAAGUUAUGUUUUCCAGUAACUUGAAUUGUAAUUUUAUAAGAGAAUCUAAUCAAAACCUUAGGAGCCAUACCUUUACAUCUCAUUUAUGUAAUAUUUUGGUGUAAAAAGUUGUUUCUACAGCACAUGCUUUACAACAGGAGUCUGAUAUUGUUGUCUUGUGAUCUUACAAUGGAUGGGUUGUGUGUAUUUAAGAAAUGGCUGCAAAAGAACAGUGUUAUUACUUAUUUGUAACUGACAGAGUAUUUGAACAUGAAAUAACUAGUUUAAAAGUGCACUAUCUUCCUUUUGAUAUAAAGGUAUUUUGAGUUAUGGAAUCCAGCUGUUGAGAGUUCAACCAAGAAACACAGGCUUCUACAUAAAUAACUUUUUUUUCAUGAGGCUGCAAGGUUUUAAAUGUUGCAUUUUUACAAAAAUAUAAUUAAAGAAAAUAUAACACCUCUGUAUCCAGUGGAACUCUGAAGUUUUAAAAAUAUCAUACAUUGGCAAAUAAUUAAAAUUUGUAAAUGAAUAAACUGGUAAACCAAAGGAAUGGAAAAUAAGCUGGUUAAAUAUACUACUAACGCUAUUAUUUUGGUUAUGCUGAUUCUUUCAAAGCAUUUUGUUUGCAGAAUGUUUUUAUUUAGAGGUUUAAGGAUUUUCUCCACUUUUUCUGUAAUUUAUUGACAAGAAGUAUUUUGCUCCCGAACUAAAAUGUCAGUGCUUUUUGGCAAUCCAUAAUAAUGUUGAUGGUGUAUUUAAAAGUUGGCCACUGAAAAUAAACAUUUGUAUAAAGCUUGAAAUGGAAAAGGUGAUAUUAGUUUAAUGCGAUAGCUUGAGGGAAAGUGUUUCACUGUGCAAUACAGCAUACUGCUACUUUUCAUGUAUUCUUCAAGUACAUAAUUCUGAAGUGUGAAACAGAAAACCCUGCUAAUUUAUUUGAACUUGUACAUUUGCAGUUGGGUGAAUAUUUUGAUAUUUUUAUAAAAUAGUUUUGCAAAUGUAAAAUCAGAUUCCUAUUAACAUUUGCAUCUUGAAGUCUACAUUUAUAAGUGGCACUAUUCCAUAUACAUCACUACAGAUUUUACACUUUAUAUUGGUGCAUCUUUGAACUCCUUAAAUAUCAAGGACUCAGCUGAUUUAAAUGAUGGGCUGUAUUCAAAACUGGUAGUCAAAAUGAUAAAAUGCAGAAAGAGGUGGUAUUAAAUGCAAACAUCUACUAUGAUGUAAGAUUUUUUUUCUUUUUCUUUUUACUGGGAUGUUUCUAAUUUAAAGACGUACAUAAACGUAUGCAAAAAUCAAGUGUGUUUGUUUAGGUUUACUUGAUAGAAAUUUCUGUAAAUUGUAUUUUAUAUUGCAAAAUAUAUCACUGUACAUUAAAAUGUGGGACUUCACAGGUUUUUGUUACUGUAAGUAGAAUAAACAUCUACAGAGA